UCAUGGUCCGUGGCAGCGUCUUUUGCAUCUGUCAUCUGCUGUCUGUUUUAAAAUUAUUGACGGUUACAAAAUACGAACGAAAGCGACGGACGAUUGAAAACACAAAACAAAUUGUGUAAUUGUAUUGAAUUAGAGAUAAUUUAUCGUUGUCUUGACUCUUGUGACUCUAGUUGUUUAUAGAGACUAAACCGUUACUGUUUGAUUUGGCGGAGUGAGAUUUUGUGCAACCAGUCCUACUUGGCUGGUCCGGUUAGGUUUUAUGACAAAGUUUUCUUGUGAGUGAUAAUGGUUAGAAUGGAGAAGCGGCCUUUAACGGGCCAAACUAAAGGAUCUUCAACAAAUAUAGGUCCUUCGAAGAGUGGAUCUACACAGAAUAUGUCUGCAAACAUCAAGGUGGUCGUUAGGGUGCGUCCUUUGAACGAGAAGGAGUUGGAACAAAACAGUCGUAUCGUUGUGGACGUGGUUGACGAUAAACUACUUGUGUUCGACCCUAAGGAGGAGAUCAGGCCCUUCUUCUAUCAGGGAGUUCAACAGCCCAACAAGAACUUUUUGAAGCGAGCUAACAAGGAAUUGAAAUUUGUGUUUGAUAAUGUUUGUGGGUUCAAUGCGACGAAUAAGGAUGUGUUUGAGACGACUACGAAGGACAUACUAAGUUCUUUGAUGGAGGGCUACAACUGUUCUGUGUUUGUGUACGGAGCUACUGGAGCAGGGAAGACGUUUACUAUGAUUGGGAGUGCUGAGCAUCCAGGAAUCACUUACUUGACUAUGGAGCAUUUGUUUUACACUAUCAACUCGUUUGAAAAGGAUAGGGAGUUUGAUAUAGGAGUGUCAUACAUUGAAGUGUACAAUGAAAAUGUGUAUGACCUGCUUAAGCCAUCAAACACUCCGUUACAACUGCGAGAAGACUCAAAAUAUGGGGUGAUGGUAGCAGGCCUGACGUUGAAUAACAUCAAGACUGCGAGAGAGCUGCUGAACAUGCUUGAGAACGGCAACAAGAACCGGACUCAACACCCUACCGACGCCAACGCUGAGAGUUCAAGGAGUCACGCAGUCUUUCAGGUGUACGUCAAAAUGCGUUACAAGACUAGCAGCCAGUUACGGUUAGUCAAGCUGUCGAUGAUCGACCUGGCAGGCAGCGAGCGCGCGUCGGCCACGGGCUGCGUCGGCGAGCGCUUCAAGGAGGGCGCUAACAUCAACAGGAGCCUGUUGUCGCUGGGCAACUGCAUCAACAAGCUCGCUGAUGGUAGCAGCUACAUACCGUACAGAGACUCCAAACUCACUCGCCUUCUAAAAGACAGCUUGGGCGGCAACUGCAAGACGGUCAUGAUAGCCAAUGUAUCACCCGCUAGCUCAAGCUACGAGGACACAUACAACACUCUCAAAUACGCAGCGAGGGCAAACAAAAUCCAGCUGCACAUUAAGAAGAAUAUAGUCGACGGAGAUGUGAGGCUCUCCCAGUACGUCACUAUCAAUGAGGAACUCAAGAAAAAGGUUAAAGAGCUGGAAGCGAAGCUAUCGCUCUCAAGUGUUCGAGUGGUUUCAAAAGAACCUGACUUGGCUAAGGAGAAAGCGAAACAAGAAUGGCGUCGUCGCAUCAAGGACGUGGAAUGCUCGCACGGCGCGUUGGAGACGCAGCUGUUAGCGCUGAUGUCGCGGCAGCGCGUGCUGGCGCUCCGGCAGCGGCUGCGCGCGCGCGCCUUCUCGCACGUCGCCUCGCUCGCGCACCGCUCCUCGUGCGAGGCCAUGGAGCAGAUGUGCACCGAAGAAAUACCGCGACAGGAGCGAGCCGCCGAGAGUUACAUGAAGCAAUCUGCCCACUUGGACUCCAAGGUCAUGAGCGCGUGGGCCAAGUGGGACGACAGCCGUAAGAAGCUCCUCGUCAUCUGCGACCAGGCCCUCUCCGACUGCCCGGACUUGGCCGACUUCGUGGAAAAGAUACACAUGCACAGCGAAAUCAGACAGAUCAAAGCCCGAGACGACCUGAGGUUCAAACUGCUCUCUAUAGAAAACGAGGAGAUAAACGCGUUCACGGAAUACAUGAGCGACAUGCCGAGCAUGCUCAAAAAGUUAUACCUGACUCUGAAAGGCUACGACAAAGCGCCCCCGGCGCUCACGGCGGAAUACUUGGAGAUCAUGAAGAAAGCCAAACUGGCGAAGGGUAUUACCUGGUCCGAUAAAGACUUAGAGGGCGACGCGCACUUCAAAUUCGUCUCGAAUUUGGAUCUCGACAAACCAACGACGACCAUUGAGUAUGUGUCGAAGAAGGACGACUUGAAUGGCACGGUCGAUAUAGUCACGGACAGCGAUUGCCAAAGCGAUAUGACAGACGUGGAAAAUAGGGAACCGAUGCGCUUGUGCGGCAACAAACGAAAGGGAACGCCCAUAAAGCUGAUGAACAACGAAACGAUCAUCAUCAACGAUUCCCUCGAAAGUUUGGACACGACGAGGAAUUUGAGUGCUAAGAAGGUGAAGAGAGAGUUUGAUAUAGCGCCCGAGGUUGAAAAUUACGGCGCAUUUGACCUCAAAGAUAUGAACUCGACGUUCGUUUUGGCGGGAAAAGUCGAGGCCAUGAACAAGCCGGUUAAGAUAGAGGUGACCAGAGAGCCUUUGAAGAGAGGGCUCGUGGACCGAACGAACACGUUGCCAAGGACUAUUAACUUCAAUGACAAAGCUAAAAUAGUGAAGCCGGUGAUAGGCAAGGCGUUGCCGUUCCGGCGGCCGCCGGCGCCGGCGCGCGCCGGAUUCGGGUCCAGCCUGUCGCGCGACGGCACGCCGCUACAGAGGAACGUGCAAGAGUCGGGUCGCGCAAAGACGAAUGACACUCAAAAAUCAGUUGGUUACAAAGCAGUGAGGGCUCGGGAGCGCAUCCAGAGCCAUCCUUACUCCAGAAACGUGGCAAGGAAAUGACACAACGAAGAAGGAUUGAAAGGUAGCUGCAGUUCGAACAAGGUGUGAAGUCUUAUGUAUAGUCUAGUUCUAGUUCUAAAGUGUCAAUGAACAGACUAUUUCGGCCGGGUUAUUCUACUAAUUCCCAUUGACUUAAUAAUUAAGGAUUUGUGAACAUCUUUGCAUCUGCAUUUGCAUCUUUGUUAAAGGGGGAUGCCCUUUAACCGUUAAUUGAAAUAGGUUUCGGAAAAGUGAUCUUGCUAUUGAAGUUUUUGGCAAAAACAAAGAAAAGAUAUAAACUUAUAUACUAAAAUCGCACAACCUUUAAAAUUUAACGUUAGUAGUAAGCUUCUUUCGUAACCAAUGAAAAAGGACAAGACUAUUGUCAAAUGAGUGAAUAGUUUUUACAUUAUUUUAUCUCUCAGGAGAUAAAUAAUAAUUGUAUGUUUAAUUAUGACUCAUGUUUAUAGCUUUAUUAACUUUGACACUUUUCAUCAACGAAUAAAAUGUAUUGACGUACUUUUAGACGUAGUGAGAAACUUCAAGUGUCAACGAUUUAUAUUAUUUAUUAUCUCUUUCCAUAAA